GUCUGGCUGAGGCUGUCCUUCAGCACUGAGCAGAUUCAGGCUUUGUUGUCACAUUUCUUUCAAUUAAAAUCUGCUAUGAUGAGAUUUCUUUGGCUGUAUCAGUCUGGAUAUCUGCAUUUAUUUGCUGCCACUACUUUAAAAUUUUCAAGGAAAAUAAAAAACCCUCAGAAGACAUCACAACACUCAGUCACAAAAAAAGAGAAAGUUGCGGUGGACUGUGGCUAUUUUUGGAAACCUCUUCUGUCAUCAUCUGAGCACCCUCCCACUCAGCUGUCAUUCUCAAAAUGGUGUCAAGAUGGGCAAGACCCGGCAGAUGCUGUCCGUGUACGACUGACAGACCAAACGUGUGGGGAAGCAAGAGAGAUAAGACGGCUGUUCUCUAACUUAAUAUGAGAAUCGGGGCACUGGAUUGUGGUCAUAGCAAAGCCGGAAAUGAAGAGGGGGUUUCAUCUUGUAUUUUCCGUCUACGUCUGGCCGUUUUCGAACAACGGCAACAGGACCAGAUAAGGAAUAACCUAAGGAUGGAAGAAUUUGAAGAUGGCGAAGCUUCUCUGGUUGACGAUCGGAUUCAGUGUAAUAUCUGUAAAAGAUCUUUCUUCCCCAAAGUCCUGGAGAAGCACUCAAAAAUCUGCCAAAAAUCAGCAACUAAAAAGAGGAAGGUUUUUGACUCCAGCAGACAAAGAGCUGAGGGAACAGACAUCCCCGUACUGAAACCCAUCAAACCAAAGUCACAAAGUUCAUCUGCUACUGAAAGAGCAGAACCCCCGAAGAAGCCGUCAAAUUGGCGCAAGAAACACGAGGACUUCAUCGCCACCAUCCGGGCUGCAAAGACCAUCGGUCAGGUCAUAAAAGAUGGAGGACCAUUACCCCCGCCUCCUCCUCCUACUUAUGACCCAGACUAUAUCCAGUGUCCUUACUGUCAGCGGAGGUUCAACGAGAGUGCAGCUGACAGACACAUCAAAUUCUGCCAGGAGCAGGCUGCCCGAAUGCCCAACAAAAGCAAGUCAGGAGAUGCCAAAAAGCCUCCAGGUCGCACACAGUACAAGCCUCCUGCUGCUGCAAAGAAGGCCAACACUCCCGUUGUGUCAACCAUCCCUUCAGCUUCCUCUCGUUUACCCCAAAGAUCAGGCCUUGGACAGCCCACUGGAAUCCCAUCUAGUAAGGCCUCCUCAACAGGUUCAGUGAAGAAUAAUCCCUCCGGGCUCACAAGCCCACCGUCAGGUGUGGGAAGUAAAUCCCGAGUAGCAAGUUCUGGCUAUGGAUCUGUGAGGAACGCUCAGACUGGACUCAACAAGAAGAAAGUAGACUCCUACAUAUCUAGGAAUGAUAUAGAUGGCGCGAACGAUGUUGGGAACGGCGGAAUGAAGAGCAAGUUUUGUCACGCUUGUGGGACAAAGUACCCUGUUGAAUCUGCCAAAUUCUGCUGCGAGUGUGGGGUCAGGAGGAUGUGUAUUUGAUAGCAGUCAGAAGAAAACGAAAGCAGGGUUAGGAUUUAGGUAAUAAGAAUUGAGGGAAAGGUGAAAGAGUAAUUAAUUCCAUCUUUAUUUUCCCACACUGAUUUUAUUUCCUGGCAGUAAAGAUGGUGUGUGCAGUCACACUGAAUAUUAUCCAAAUUUCAUUGCAUAACUUACAAUAAGGAGUGCACUUAGCUACUGUGUUUUGCGUUGACUAGUGACCGGUUGAUCUCUGUGCCGAACAGAUUUGGUACACAGAUUAAUCGGUUUAAAUCAUGAUGUGGCUUUUACAAGCACAUCCCGUAAGUAGCUUCUCUUUCACUGCUUCAUUUGCUCACAGCAUUGCUGCUGUUUCCAUGCACUUAUAAAAUGAGCAUUACUGCCAUGAAACUACAGGUCAUAGAGGGUUUAAGAAUUUGUGAGAAAUAAAUAUUUCCAGCAAAGGAGAGGUGGUUGGUCAUUGGAAGGAAGCUAUUAAAUAUUAUGCAUCUUUAGAAGGGAGUAGAGGAAAGAUGAAUUAAAAGUGGGUUUGGAAAAAAAGAAAGGAAACAUGUUGGGUGGCUGAUUAGAGGUGAGAUUAACUGCCCUGCAUCAUUAUCGCUCUUCAGCCCUUGAUUUGAAGUGCAUUCCUCAACCCCACCUGUCUCCACAUUGAUGUGCAAUAAUAACGACUACUGAAGAAAGCAGUGUGAUUUUUUUUUUUUUUUAAAAAAAGAAAAUGGCUUCAAAUUUUUAUCUUAUCACCCUGUUUUCUUAGGAACCAAUCCAAAAAAGGUUGAGUGGUUACAGGUCAGUGCUCCCUUUAAGGUCACUUAACAGGAAAAACCUGUUAUCCCAUAUACAUUAUACCCAAAUGUAGCAUUUACUCAUUCCCUUUAUUCCCACUAGGUUUAUACAUUUAUUUAUUUUCUUAUUCCUUUUCAUUUUUACUGACUGAACAGUGAUUGUAUGGUUUUUAUUUGUUCUUUUAUGUUCUACAGAAUUAAAAUAGGUUUCAUUUGGAAUUGUGUGAAACCAAAACACA